ACUGGACAUCAGAGCCCCGACAGAGCGCGAACAUCUAUUCCUAAAGGAAUACUGCAGUGUUUUGAAACCCCUGACGGUAGCACUGGAUAUAUUGCAAGGGGAAGACAACUGCUACUAUGGGACUCUUCUACCAACCCUGGAGACCCUGAUGUCCAGGACACUGGCACUCCAAAAUGGACUGUCGAGGAUGACAGCAAACCUACCGGGUGUAAUUGUACAGCUAUCAGGACGCGAUUCGCACCAGUGUUGGAGAGCAGUGAAGCUUUAUUGGCUGCCUUGACGUUGCCGAAAUUUAAAGUUCGAUGGAUUGUGGGAGCGGAGCGGAGAGAAGCGGCGCGUGCGCUGCUCAUCGCGGAGUGUCGCACUCUACCCCGUGAUGAAGAGCCGGCUAACAAUAAAAACCGAGAAGCCGCCGCACACAGCAGCGCCAAUGAGAAUGACUUUUUUUCUUUUGAUGAGGAAGAGGAAGACGCAAUGUCCAUUAGCGCAGACUCGGAGGUAUUUGAGUACAUGAGAUCAGGCUCAGAGUUAGAAGUCCUCAACCGUUUCCCCCGAGUGAAAGCUGUGUGUAUGAAAUACAACACUGCCACACCAUCCAGUGCACCGGUGGAGAGGCUGUUCAGCCUGGGAGGUAUUGUGCUUUCCCCCAGAAGAAACAGACUCUCAGAUAAACGUUUUGAAAGACUGCUCCUGAUGAGGUAUAAUCGCACAUUUUGUACUGAUGUGGAAUAGGUUGCCUGCCACCCAUGCUAUAGACAUAGCUCAAGCCUAUGCCUAAUAUCCUCUUUUUUUAUCU